ACAAUAAUAAUAACAAUUAUACAAAAAUAUUCAUCUCUAUAUUUUCUAAUCCUUUAGACUGAUGAAAACAGACUUGUAUCAAUGAGAUGCCGACUUUUUUCUAUAUAAUAAGUCAUAUAUAUAUAUUUAUAUGUAUGUGUCAGUUGUGACCUGAAAGGCUCUAACGGGUCCACUUCAGUCAGCAGCUAAAAUGAGAGCUGAAGCUGCUGGAUCCAGUUUCCUAUCAAACCCGGGACGGGGCAAGGUCCACGAGUUAUCAGCUCCGUGGAAGCGAGCUGUCGACUGGGAGAGAGAAUUACUCAGAGCUGCUGAGCUUCCUCAUAUUUUAAAAGUCUGGCUUUUCAGACUGAUUUAUAAUCUGAGGUUGUAAGACUCCUGGACCAGAGCUGGCUCCUCCUCACCUGUGUUCAGAUACGGGAUGCAGCUGAACAUCCAUCUGGAGCAGCCUUUGCUCUGAGCUGAGGAUCAGGUCAUGUACGUCCUGUGCAGCCUGGCUGUCCUGACCCUCCACAGCCUCUUCAGGCGCUGGAACAGCAGAGCCCUGGAGCCCGCAGGGAACCCAGAGGGCUGUAGGCCGUCCAUGUCUGGAGAAGGUUUGGAGGAGGUCCAAAGAGGACUCUGGAUCUCCAAGUCCGAAGGGAAAAGAUUACCAGGAGGGAGUGUACGUAAAGUCCCCAACAGAAGGAGGCGAGUUCAGGUGUUGCAGCCGGUGGUCAUGUUCAGUACUAGAAAGACCUGGGAUCUUGGCCACGCCCCCUGCAUGCAGGACCUCUGGAAGAAAGACAUCUCAUUGGACGCCAGCUCAGUGGACUUCCUGAUGAGUGAUGGAGAAGACGAGGGCUCCUUUCUGUCUUUGCCCACCGCCGCCUUCUCGCACCGCCUCUCUCUGACUGCGGAGCCGACCGAAACAAGCGCUCCCAGCCAGCAGCUGCUCAUCCAGGCUCUACAAGAUAAAGUCUGUGACUUCCAGGCCCGUCUUCGCUCUGAACAACUCUCCCGUCACCUGCUGCUCCAGCAGCAGAGCGUCCAGGAGGAGGCGUGUCUUCAGACCUCGCCGCCGCAUGGUGUGAGGCUGCUCUCUCGCUGUCCUGCAGAAGAGCAGCUGGUAACUCGGCUGCGCACACAGGUGGAGCAGCUGGAGGAGAAGCUGUCCAAUCAGACUCAGGAGGUGGAGCGACUUCACUGUGAACUGGGGGCGACGGACCUGGAAAAGCAGCUGGAGCUGCUGCUGGUGGAGAACCAGCUUCUGAAGCAGGAGCUGAAGUCCAGCAGGAGCUCAGAACUUCACAGCCAUGAUGCUGCUGUAGGGAGCUGCAGCCACUGCCCCCUCAGACAGGAUGCAGAGGCCCGGCAGAGGGAGCAGCGUCUGGAGGAGCGAGACCUGCAGGAGAAAAGCUCCCGAGGGGAGAACCUUCGCAGGCAGCAGGAGGGGGGGCGGAGGAGGCAGGAGGAGGCGCAGAAGGAACUCCACCUCCGACUGCAGGAGUGUGAGGAGGAGCUGGGCGGGCGGGCGGUGACCCCCCCCAGAGUCAAGUACGUGGCCCCGGCGGUGGGGGGGGAGUCGGCUGACUCCCGCAGAGCUGUGGCUGAGCUGCAGAUGAAGAACGCCGGCCUGCAGGAGCAGCUGUGCGUGCAGAAGCAGCUGCUGAGGGAGAAGGAGGUGCAGCUGCAGGAGUCCCAGAGGAGCUGUGCUCAGCUCAGGACGCAGGUCCUGGUGUAUGAGGGGGAGAUGGAGCGAGCUCGAGGACAGCUGGAGGUGGAGAUGCAGCAUCUGGAGGAGGAGAAGAACCGUGUGAUCGAGGAGGCCUUCAUCAGAGCUGAGAGCGAGAUGAAGGCGGUCCACCAGAACCUGGCGGGCGUGAGGAUGAACCUGCUGACCCUGCAGCCGGCCCUCCGGACCCUCACCUGUGACUACAACUGUCUGAAGAGACAGGUGCAGGAGUUCCCCUUCAUGCUGGACAAGGCCAUCAGCGAGGCCAAGCAGGAGAUCUGCCAUGUGAUCAGCGAGGUGAGCUCCACCAAUCAGGAGCUUCUGCAUAAAUACAAGAGAGAGAUGAACCUGAGGAAGAAAUGUCACAACGAGCUGGUUCGACUCAAAGGUAACAUUCGUGUUUUCUGCCGGGUCCGGCCUGUCAGUCUCGUGGAGCAGGACUCUGUGACGAUGCUCAGCUUCGACUCGGAGGACGACGCUGUCCUCUACCUGUCCAACAAGGGCAAGAUGAUGACCUUUGACUUGGACAAGGUCUUCCCCCCUCGGGCCACACAGGAAGAGGUGUUUCAGGAGGUCCAAUCGCUGGUCACUUCCUGUAUCGACGGCUUUAACGUCUGCAUAUUCGCCUACGGACAGACUGGCUCCGGGAAGACCUUCACCAUGGAGGGCGCAGUGGAUAACCCCGGCAUCAACCAGCGAGCUCUGCGCCUGCUCUUCUCCGAGGUGACUGACAAAGCUCCAGACUGGGACUACAGGAUAUCCGUCAGUAUGGUGGAGAUCUACAACGAGACCCUAAGGAACCUGCUGGGGGAGAAUCCCUCUGACAAGCUGGACAUCAAGAUGAACCCUGACGGCAGCGGACAGCUGUACGUCCCCGGACUCACCCAGAUCACUGUCCAGAGCCCCGAGGACAUCAACAGGGUGUUUGAGUUGGGUCACAUGAACAGAGCAACCGCCUGCACCAACCUGAAUGAGCACAGCUCUCGUUCUCACGCUCUGCUCAUUAUCACCGUGUCUGGAUUCAACUCUGCUACUGGGAACCACACACAAGGCAAACUGAACUUGGUGGACCUGGCGGGCUCGGAAAGGAUCGGAAAGUCCGGCGCGGAGGGAAGUCGCCUUAGAGAAGCUCAGUGCAUCAACAAGUCUCUGUCGGCGCUCGGUGAUGUCAUCAACGCGCUGCGCGGCCGCCACGCUCACGUCCCCUUCAGGAACUCCCGCCUCACCUACCUGCUGCAGGACUCGCUGAGUGGGGACAGCAAGACCCUCAUGAUGGUUCAGGUGUCUCCGCUCCCCGGUAACAUGAGCGAGUCCGUCUGCUCGCUGAAAUUCGCUCAGCGCGUUCGCAGCGUGGAGCUGAUGUCCUCGUCUUCGUCUUCCAGGAGACACGAGUACUCGUCCACCUCGUCCUCGCCAACGCACGACAGCGUCGAGCUGGACUCUCCCCCCGUCACACCCGUCCCUCUCCCCAUCUCGCGGGCCAGCAGCGCCGGCUCCACCCUCUCCUCCGCCUCUAGAACUCCAAGCGGCUCCCGCAGGAGGUCCCAGUCGCAGCUGUCCACCGGACGACUGAAGCUCACAGCCUGAUGGGUGGAGGUUCGACAGCCUGAUGGGUAGAGAUCCGACAGCCUGACGGGUGGAGGUCCGACAGCCUGGCAGAUGGUAUACGUGGCUUUUUGAAUCGUCUGCCUUUGUGACAUCUACAACAUCAUGAACAACAUUCAAAGAUCUAAAUUAUGACUAAAAUAAAAUCAUGAACUAUUUCUUCUUUCAUAACAGUAUAAAGUUCCACUGACAGUAUUUCUUUUGUUUUUGUAAAGUCGCACUUUAAAUAUUGAGAUUUUUUUUCUUAUCCAUGAUGUGGUUGAUAUUAAUAUAUGACAUGAUUUCAUUUUGUGCUUGAGUUGAAAACAAUGAGUAUUAAUCAUAUUUCAGAGAUCCUUUGUGCAGUUUUAAUCGGAGGAGUCUGUGUCCUCGUGGCCCUUUAUCCAAUCAGGGAAGCCCAGGUACUGAAGGUCCAAUCAUCAAUACGACCGGUACCAUCCGGACUACUGGUGGAUGUUUUUAUUUUUCAUGCUGAAGGAGCUUUGUCUUCUUUGAUGGCUUGUCUCUGUAGACCCAGCAGAGACCUUUGACCUUUGGCUGAGUUGGUGGCUGUUGGUAACAAUAAAGCUCAGAGGGUCAGUGUGUCUUCUGUAGAUUUAUACUGUUUUUUUAUUCCAUUUUUAAUAAAUAUCCAAAGCAAAUAUAAA